UAAUCCCCAUGUAUCUGGCAUCGUAAAUAUAUAUGUAACCUCAGUUCUAUGAUUGAACAUAAUGUUUGUGCCCAAUGUAUCAUUUUUCGGCCUAAAUCGUCACCCUGGCAUGUUUUUGGGUCCAAGGUGACCGCUGUAAACAAACCAUGUGGCCCGAAGAGUGUUUUGAAAAUUGUCCUUUCUAGUGAAAUUCCCAGUGGUAAUCAUGAGGUGGAAGAGACAGGAUAUGAACCCGGUGUUUGCGGUAUUGGACGAGAUUGCCCUGGAAGGUCUGGAUGGGAUCACUUUUGAGGCUCUGGAACUGAGACUCAAACGCAGGUGGAAUCCAGUCACCAACGGCAAUGGAAGUCCUCUCUUCAAAGAAGAUCCGGAAAAUCCGCAACAUCCGACCUCAAACGUCAACGAAAAGAUUCGUUCAUUUCUUUGGGCCGUUAUCCGUUCCAAAGAUGAAAUUGGAGUGUUUCAAUUGCCCGAAGAUCGUCCGCCGUUGGUGAUUUUCGACCGUUUUGAACACAUUGAUUCGGAACUGGGGAUGAUAAUCGAGCCCGAUGUGCUCCCAAGGGACAUUUAUCCCUUCCAACUGGUUGAAGAUGGUGAGAUCAAGGGCUCUUGUCAGACUUAUAAAGAGCGGCGUGAUGUGACGGAAGCAGCUAAGGCAUAUUGCGAGGUCGAAGCCUUAUUGGAAGCCUAUGAAGGGCAGGCCCGAUUGGCCUUUGUGGCGUCCCAAUGGGCCCGAGCCAAGGCUUUAAUGGGUCCAAAUCCUGAUCCAUUGCUGGUUCAAACCGUUUCGGGAAUGCCUUGGGCUAUUUUGGAACGUAUUGGACGAGCCAGAGAAUUAGGGGAGGUCACCCAAGGCAAAAUGUCGCUCCAGUUCACCAAGGAGAACCCUAAAACUCUUUUCUAUCAUCGGAAGGCCCUAAUCAAGGAGAGCCUGAUCCAGAAGCAGGUCCACUAUCAGAAGACUAAAGGGCAAAAUUAUCAGGGCAGUUUGUUCCAUUUAACGCGGUUCUUUGUUGAGCGUCGCUCGAAGGCCCUCAUUCUGAUCCACAGUCUAAUAAAGUACUUGAAGGAGAAGGACUCUCACAUGGCACCUUAUGACGAGGUCAGGUCCUACUUGAACAUAGGGACAUCCGUGAAGAAGCUCUUCAAGCAUACCGUCUUUCAACGCUUCAUUCGGGGUGAUAUUCGGGUCCCUUAUCGAGCUCUUUACCCCGAUGCCACUGACCUUGAGUGGAAGUCCAAAAACAAGAGUCCCAACGAUGAGCGACCAUUACAAGACAAGGAGAAACAGGUUCGCGUGGUUCAAUUGAUUAAUCCCGAGGUCGAUCCCGAGUCAGUUUGGCAAGAUGUACGCGACGAAAUGGAUGAAGAUGACGAGGAUCUGGAGGCUGGUUUCAUUGACCAGAGUAAAUGGAAACUUACCAGGUCCAUGAUGCAUCAAGCUUACUCUCUCUUGGAAGCAAUGGGUCCCCGGGGCUUGUCUCAACAAGAAUUGGGAGUACAACUUGGCUUAGGUAAAUUGGAGGCCAGGACGAUUUGCCGCAAUUUAGAGCGCCGGAAUUUGGUCACUAUAUUACUUCACGAUCAAGGCCGACAACGGACCACAAGUUUCGUGGCCAAGAAGUUUGAGCAUUUGAGCGUCGUAUCCAGUGAAAUGGAGAAAGAGAAAAAAAAGUUGGCGUCGUUGAAGGCCCAGGGUGCGCCUUCCAGUUCGGCCUCAGUGUCACCUAUUCCUGACACGCCCACAGUGGUCCAACCUCAGAAAAUCCUCAAAAGUGAGCCUGGGUAUCCCAUCCGUGAACGAUCUUCAGUGGACAAGAGCUCCACCAAUGUGGAGAUCUCCUUGGGCACGGCUCAUAUCAAGAUCCCGGGGAAGAAAAGUCCCACGAAGGAACUGAAGCCAAAUCGCAGCUCCUUGAAGAAAAAUCCGGACCAGUCGCUUACAUUCCGCCAAUUGAGGCGAUCCACCUCGAUUAUUGAGGCUGUGAGACAGCACAAGGUCAUUGAUGAUCCAACCAAACUUUAUAAAAUGAUACAGGAGAAUGAAGUGAAUGAAGGCUACGAGGCCCGAAUGGACAAAAAGUCGUUGUUGAGGUUGUUGGUGAAGCUCCAUGACGAGGGCCAGAUCAAGAACAUUUUGGUCAAAAUGAAUUGUGGGGAUCGCUUCAAAACGCUACAUUUCGUGUGUGAACCCAAUAUCCAUGAGAACCACACCGUGAUCCAAUCAGCCGUGGAGCAAGCCAAAAUGAAGUUCAACAUCAUACCGAAACUGAUCAAGCCUGAAAUCAAAAGAUGUGGUGGGCCGGGAACGGAGGAAUUCCAAGGUGGGAGCAUUGGCGAGAGCGUUCAAGCCAUUCAAGAGCUCAACGAAACUUCAAAAACGAAUCAGAGUUCCUCCAAGACCACCUACAAUCCGAGAUAUGCUACAGCUUACGGAUUGAGGCCCAAGUUCUUGAGGAUGCGCGAACUGCACAAAUUUCUAUAUUACUUGACCCAUGGCUUUGAAGGCGAAUCCAUUGCGAUGACUUUGAGCGAUGUUGAGGUAGAUCUCACCGACAAAUUUGGGUCGACCAUCCUGGAUGAAGAACUCCGAGAGGACCUCAAGGAGAUCAAAUUCUACACCAGAACCUUUGAUUGGAAAAUGUUCAUUCCUCCUUUACCGGAGCACGAGGGUUGGACCAAGGGUUGGUGCUUGAUGUGCGAUGUCCUGUUGAGACUUCCUCUCUCCGUGUUUGUUCAAUUGGUGAACAUCACCACUUUCGUCGAAGGUCUCUCCGAGCUCUUGGAGCAUCCAAUUAGAAAGCAUUUGCCCGUUCGGAGCCUCUCUGUUCCCAUGAGGAAUAAAUUAUUAGCCAGGAGGAAGUACAUUUUCACCGUACACGAAGUGGCCACCCGCCUUUGUUACAUUGGCGUCCUCCAAUUCGGUCCUCAAAAGCUUAAGGAGAAGGAUCAAGUGUUCUUGUACCUGAACAAACAGGCUUCACUGAUUAAUACUACUUCGUGCUCCCCAAGUUAUCAUCGAGUGGUCUACCAGGAUGAGGUGGACUAUCCAGUAAAUCGCUACUUGUUCAUUAAGUGGGAAAAUGCAGAAAAAUAUUGGUUCGACAUGUAUGAGAUUUGCAUGAACACUCCCUUGGGGAGUUCUUCUUCAGUCCAAGGAGAGGAGAUUAUCCUGGAAAAAAUGGACAAGAAACCGGCCCUCCUAACCGCCCAAAGUCCCAAGAAAUGCGGGGAAGCCAUCGAGUACGACAAUGCAACCAUCCCUGGGGAUCACUUGGGCGCUGGAGGCCUGGACUCCUCCAUGUUUGCCCAUCUCAAGAGAAAUUGGUCCUGGACCACAUCCAAUAAUGCCAGGCCCAAAAUUGAUCCCGGCUCUCAAGCGGACAAGAAGUAUUCCUUCCCUUCCAUGACGGCCAAGCUGAACGUGAACUUUGCCAACAAUUCCGCCAAAUCUUCGCCAACUCCCCGAAAGCCAGUUAAACGCCGGAAACAUCAAGAGGGCGACGGGAAGGCCUCUAAAUCCAAGGCCAAGUCUGAGGUUGAUCUGGCCAAGGCCAAGCCGACCAGGUCGACUUCGCAUGUAGUGAAACGGGUCAUCAAGCCCCGAGUCAAGAAUACCGAACGGAGGCCUUACUAUGACGAAGUGGACAAGUCCGCUCUGCGACUGAUGCGCAAGCUUAGGGUGGAUUGGAGCGCUCAAGAAGAUAGUUUCUUGUUGCUGUGCAAGGUGGCUGGAUCCUAUUUGUGCAAGAACUCAAGAAACCAAAUGGUUCAGUACACCUGGGUCCGUGACCUUCUUCACCGACAUUUCGAAGAGAGCCUCAACAAGACCUCCCACGCCUGUCAACGAAGGCUGAAUUAUAUGAUGAAGAAUCCCACCACUGCCAGCAAUGUGACGCUUUUCUUGGCGGAUCUUCAUCAGGACCAUGAGAUUGUGGGCCAGUUUGUUGUGCCUCUCAAUGGGGUUCUGACCAGGGAGGAGAAUGACACCCGUUUGGCGCGAGAUUUUGAGCCUUUAGUGGAGAAGCUUGUCGAAAAGUAUCGAAACUCGACUUCACGCCAGACCCAGAUCAAAUUGCCUGACACAUUAGAGGAAUUGAAUGCCAAGUACACUAUUGUGAACCCUCCCAUUAGCAUGGCCGAGGCGUGCAAGACGUUCACCGAUCCUCAAGAUAUCAACGACAUUAGGGCGUCUGUGAUUAACGCCCUUAUUACAAGCUCGCUCUGCUCAGCUACAGAUAAGGUCAAUGUAGCUUUUCAGCUCUUCAAGAUCUAUCAGCAAUACCCAGAUAGUCUUAUUCGUCGAGUCAUGACUAAGCUACGAACUGAUAAGAUGGUGUCGUUGAAGAAGCAUUUCAAUAAAAGUCGGCUUAAACAUGGAAAUUUCUUGCCCUUAAAUGCAUCACCAUACCAAUUGUCAGUCUCAUUUGCCCACAAGUUCCUGAACCGUUACCAACAUGAUAUUUAUGAGCAAUCCUGGAUCAUGACUAGGAAAAUUUUGGAAAACGAAGUCAAGCACCAGACAGGAACUGAGGUCGUCAUUAACCAGGAAGGCGGAUAUGCCGCUGCAAUUCUGGCGCUCAUGGGCAAGCAAAAACUCACAUUCCGAACGGAGGUUCCAGAGCAAUUGGUCGUCCUGGAUCCAAAUCUCAGCCUGGUUGAUCAUCAGUAUGUUCGGAUUUUACAACGCUACCGGGAACUCCUGAAGGUAUCAGGAAGUUCGGAAGUGGAAACAUUUGAGUUUUCAGAACGGUCCAAUGAUGAAGGAGAGUCUUCCAGUGCCCAGUGGCAGGCCUUUGGAGGCGGCAAUAAGAAGGACCUGACAGUGACGGACUUGUUUAGAAAGACCGAUUCCCUUUUGAAGAGCUCUUCGCCAAGUAAGCGAACUGCCACGGUAUUGGUUGAAAGCAUGAGCAAAAGGGCCAAACUGGACGUCCAUGAUGUCCAGGAUCCCAAACCGGAAAGUGAAAUCGUGUUCAGAGAGAACGAGUCGUCCCCUUCCAUGAGUGUGGACGAUGUCUCGAAUUCAAAAGUGGCCAAAUCGGCCUCAAGGAUUGCUCUGUACAUGAUGAGAGAGGAGAUCAAGGAUUCCUCCAAUCCCAAUGUUCAGCAUUCGCACGACUUCUUCGUCAUCUCUUCAUGCGCCAUUGAGAUACGGAUGAAGCCCAGCAUGGUUGAAGAUGGUGGAACCGUUUCCUUUGGAUCCCAUGGUACGCAAAUGGUAGUGCCGAAAUCGCUCCUACCUGGUAAUUCUGAUGCCUGCCGUGACAUCCUUCAGAGCUAUGGCAUGCGCUUGAAUGGCACUGCCAACCAGGGAACGCUCAAAAUGAACCAAUCAAUCAUCCCACCGUCCAUGCCGAGCUUGUCUGAUUGUUUAUCCGAGUCUAAUCUCUCAGAAGUGGAUCAGAUCACGGUUACGAGCUUAUUCAACUUGGUGGUUUCGAAGAAGGAGUUUGGGGCCACGGCCCAGGAUAUUUUGGACCUUGACAUGCCCUUUCUGGACUCUGCCAAAGAAACGUGUCUCCGCUUCCUCUUGGAUCGCCGCCAAGUGCUCAUGGUGGGUGUGGUCACGGUGAGGUUUGUGACCCACAAUCAAGCACAGCCAUGGCUGCUCCAUUCGUACCGAACUACCAGGACAUCCUUCACAGAGAGGCGUGAACCGCCUCCAUCUGCAAUCCUGGACACCCAAUCUCAAACCACUGUCCGGACCAGUGAUCUCAAGCACGGUGUUCGCAACCCCAAGGCCUCAAAUGAAGUGGCCGAAGCAGCCGAGAAGGUCGAUUGGACAAAAGUUGAAGAGAUCCAUAUCCGUCUUCGACCCUGGCUGCGGAUUGACGGGCUACUGAAUCGUCGAGUUUUGGACCGUCUCCUGGGUGCAGUUUUGGGGCAGAUCAUGCAAUUCCCAGGAGAGACCCUGACCAUGGUAUUCAACCGGUUCACACCGGCUUUGCAGCCCGUUCAUAUCAAGGAUCUGCUUCUGAUCCUGGAAAGACUGGAAUGCGUCACUGUGGGGCGGUUGGUCAAAACCGGACAACUGGGGCUCUUUAGAGUCAAGCCCACGAUCAGCGUGACUAACGGGUCAAUUUUGCUGGACAAUGACAACGAAGUGUUUAUUGAGCCCACUGUUGAUGCCGUGGUCCGUUUAGGACAGUUCAUUGGGGAUAAGCAGUAUACUGUUGACUUUGUUGGUCAUUGCUCCUGCCACCCUGAAAAAAGACUGUAACCAGAAUAUCUCUCCGCAGGAACCAGUUUGUGGUGGUUUGUUGUCCCGAAUUUUAGACACAUUAGAAUAUAUCUUUGUUCAUA